AUGAAGUUGGAGAUGUUUGCGCCCCGCACUGCACCCGGGGACCCGCCCGGGAGAGAGCUGGAGGAGAUCCCCGGAGGUGGUGACACUCCGUGGCCACUGUCUGCCGCCGGGGACGACUCGCUGGGCUCCGACGGGGACUGUGCAGCCAACAGCCCAGCGGAGCGCGCUGGAGAGCCGGCGCGCGGUGGAGACGGCGGAGAACGGGACGCAGGCGGCGAUCCAGCAGCGCAGGAGGCGGCGGAGACGGAGGGGACCGUGGAGACGCGCGCGGCGGGACCUGGUGGCGCUGGGAGCGCGGGGUCUGGCGAAGGCGCGCGGGGCAAACCCUACACGCGGCGCCCCAAACCCCCGUAUUCGUACAUCGCGCUCAUCGCCAUGGCCAUCCGCGACUCGGCGGGGGGCCGGCUGACCCUGGCCGAGAUCAACGAGUACCUCAUGGGCAAGUUCCCCUUUUUCCGAGGCAGCUACACGGGCUGGCGCAACUCGGUGCGCCAUAACCUGUCGCUCAACGAUUGCUUCGUCAAGGUGCUGCGCGACCCCUCGAGACCCUGGGGCAAGGACAACUACUGGAUGCUGAACCCCAACAGCGAGUACACCUUCGCCGACGGGGUCUUCAGGCGCCGGCGCAAGCGGCUCAGCCAUCCCCAUCACCCACCACCACAACUCCGGGCAUCGGUGGAGACCUCCGAAGAGCCUCCCGCGAGGGUGCCAGGCGCUGCGCUCCAGCCGCCCUCCGCUGCCCCAGCUUCUCCAUCACCCCGCGCGCGCUCCCCCGUGCGCCCCGACGGCAGUGCCAGCCCCGCUGGCAAGUUCUCCAGCUCCUUUGCCAUCGACAGCAUCCUCAGCAAGCCGUUCCGUAGCCGCCCAGAGCCUCCCUGGCGCGCCUCAACGCUGCCCGCCUACCCCGCGCUGCUCCCCGGCUCCGCGCUGCUCCCUCUGUGCGCCUAUGGAGCAGCCGAGCCUGCGCUCCUGGGCGCGCGGACCCCCGACGCGCAGCCUCUGCUAUUCGCGCCCCUCGGUGCUGCUCCGGCUCGGACCCCGGCCUCGGCCCCGGCUAAGCCCUUCCGAGACCCAGCCAGCGGUGGAGGCGGCGGUGGCGCGCACCUGUACUGCCCCUUUCGGUUGCCCGCUGCCCUGCAGGCCACGACAGCCACCUCGGGGCCCGGCCCGCACCUGUCCUACCCGGUGGAGACGCUCCUGGCCUGACGGUGCCACCGCUGG